GGUGGUUAAUGUCACUCCGGUACCUGGGGACUUGCUUCGUGAGAACACUGAGGAUGUCCUACAGGGUGAACAUCUGAGUGAUCAAGAGAAUGCUCCUCCCAUCCUAUCAGGCCGGCCUGUGGAAGGUCUUGGGCAGGCUCCAAACACUGCUUUCAAUGAGGCUGAGGUCUGGGAAGAGACAGAUGUGAAUCGCAACAAACUCAGGAUCAGCAUCAGCAAAACUCAGUGCAUGGUGGAAGAGGAGCAGAGAAAUGGCGUCUGCCCCAGUUCCCCUGUCCGAGUGCCUCCGGAGUCCCCCACCGCACAAGUGCGCUCCCUCAGAUACCGCCGUGUGAACAGCCCGGAGUCGGAACGCCUCUCCACUGCUGACGGCAAAGCAGAUCUACAUGAAAGAAGAUCUCGAAUGGAUUUACCUGGCUCUCCAUCACGGCUCAUGUGCUCCUCCCAGCCAGCCCAGAUGCUCUCCAUUGACACCGGCCAGGCUGACCGGCAGGCAAGUGGCAGGAUGGACGUGUCUGCUUCGGUGGAACACGAAGCUCUCAGCAACGCUUUCCGCUCAGUGCCGCUCGCGGAGGAGGAGGACUUUGAUAGCAAGGAGUGGGUUAUCAUUGACAAGGAGACAGAGCUGAAGGACUUUCACCCAGGUGCUGAGCCAAGCACCUCUGGAACCACAGAUGAGGAGCCUGAGGAACUAAGACCUAUUGAAGAGGGUGAGGAGAGAAGACGCUUGGGGGCAGAUGCUGCAGUCAGGCCGAAGACGCACGAUGGGCGAAGUCGGGGUAUGCAGCCUGUGACUGAGGAGGACAGCUCCCACAGGCAUGAAGGACCUUCUCAAACAGUAUCUGACAGUAAACAUGAACAGCAGACCGCAAGUCCAGCUCACUCCCCCUUACAUUCAGCACCAGCUAUCCGACAAAGGAGACGAGAAUCUGAACCUACUGGUCCUCAGAGACAGUUGGAGGAGGACAGGCCUUCUCAGCACUCCCUCCCGAGGUACAGCCCCCUGAGAAGACUGGCGUCCUCCGUUUUCUCCUCCUCAACCCUGGAGACAGAACACUACCCUCACGUUGGUGGCACUUUCAUACAGCGCAGCCGUUCGGCGGAGAGCAGCCCCGUGCGCAUGCCCCACCGCAGGCACAUGCCCCUCACGGCAGGAAACCACAGACUCAUGCCUUCCGUCCUCCGCAUUUCCAGGUCCCAGCUCCAGCAGGUGUGGGCCCGCUUCACACACAAAACAUAG